AUGAAUCAGUUUCGUUUACUCAUUGUUAUUGCUCAGUUUUUCCUCGUGUUCAUCCCAACAAAUGGUAUGACUUGCGACGGAAAUGGUGACAGAGUUGGUGACCCAGCAGAUUGCUUCAAUGCUCUCGAGUAUAUCUACGCGGCCCUUCCAAAUUCAGGCUGUGCAAUUGCUGGAUCAUGCGCAAUGAUGCCGCUUACUGGAAGCUACCAUAACCUGAUUAGUCCGGAGGCGGCCCCGCCGUACACCUUGGAAGAAGUUGAGGCAUCAUAUGAUGGCCUUUUCGGUCAUUAUUGUGAAGGCUAUGUCAGUCCAAUCACGGCUGCCGCCGAUUGGCCUAAAGACGCAUUCAACUCUGGGUUCCUGUUGGGGACUACGGGUGGACCUGAUCCAACAGAGUGUCCUGAAGCUAUAGCACAACAAAUUGUCGAAGAAAGUAAGGCCUAUAGUGGUCCAUGA